CCAGAAAAUGCAUGCAAUUCAAUGAUUUACAGUAGCAGAUGACAGUUAUAGGUACUAACUUCUGAAGUGGGAGAGAAAUGUUCCUCUUAAUUAACCAGACAGAGUUAAAAGGGAAUAAGACAAAAGUGAGCAAAUAAGUGAGAUGGUUCUUGAGGAUAUCCUGAAAGCAGGCAAAGCAAACUUGGAAACUAGGUUUACUAAGUUUGGAGAACUUUAUUAUUUCCCUGUAAAGGACAAUAGUGUUAACUUUCUAGAAGACGAGAGGUGCUGGUGCUUGUUAUGGAGAAACUUAAUUUCAUCAUAACUAUCUGUCUAAUCACAUUUACAGCCUCAAUUCAACCAUUUCAGAAAGAGGAGAAAAGUGAACAGUGCCCUGAAAACAAAAUAAUAACCAUGGAGUAUGCUUGUAUCAAAGCAGGAGGGGAAAAAGCAACUUGUUUAAGAAGAAAGUGCUGCAAGGGUUAUCGAUUUGUGCUGGGCCAGUGUAUUCCUGAAAGUUUUGAUGUAUGUGCUGGCUCUCCGUGUGAACAGCAAUGCACAGAUAACUUUGGAAGGGUUCUCUGCACAUGCUACCCUGGCUAUCGCUUCGACAGAGAGCGACACAGGAAUCACCUUCAUCCAUAUUGUUUAGAUGUUAACGAAUGUGCUGAGAGUAAUGGUACCCUGUGUGAGCAGAUGUGCAUAAACACUCCAGGAAGUUAUAAAUGUCAUUGCCGUGAAGGUUAUCACCUCAGUGUGGAUGGCAAGUCAUGUAUUUCACUUGGCAAGGCAACACCACAAAUCAAGUUUGAAAACCUCGUAAGUGUUGAUACAUGCUCAGUGCACUGUGAAGAGAUUGCAAACAUGUGGCAAACCCUCCUGCACCUGAAGCAAAAGAUGUUGACUGCUGAUCUUCAUAAUGAAAAAGGAAAACAUUCAGGCCAACUCAAUAGAAAAUGCUACCAUGAUUUCCAAUGCCUUCCAGGUGCACCUGGACCACCGGGCCCUUCCGGACCUAGAGGAGCAGCAGGACAAAGAGGUCUUCCAGGACCAAAAGGACCUCCAGGAUUGCCUGGGUCCCAGGGCAUUCCAGGAGACAUGGGCCCCCCUGGAGCAGUUCCUGAUAUAUCACAAAUCAAGAGGGGUAGACGGGGGCCAAUGGGACCACCAGGAGCACCAGGAAAGAAUGGACAAAAGGGUGAACAAGGGAUUCCUGGACCAAGAGGACUGCCGGGUCCACCUGGUUCUUUUGACUUUCUUCUGCUAAUGAUGACUGACAUCAGACGUGACAUCAUUGAACUGCAGGAAAAAGUGUUCGGCAAACAACGAGCAGUUAAUCUGAAUAGUGCACCUCACCAUAAUACUGAGAAUGAUAUACAUGAAUGGGGCUCAGGAGAAGAUGAUAUACCAAAUCAAAAGAAUUAUGGUUACAAAACAUGAUCUUUUUAAGAUGAUUUUUUGAAAAGAUUGCAAUGUUUCCUAAGAUGUGUCUAGAUGUCAUUUCAUUUUCUGCUCUCUCUUUCUGAUCAUAUGUAUGGAUGUGUGUGUGUGUGUGUGUGUGUGUGUGUGUGUGUGUGUGUGUGUGUGUGUGUGUAU